GAGGCUUGAAGGUCACCAAAACCAUUAAUAGAUUUAACUACUAGUAUAAAGGACCAAGUCAAAUCACAAUCCAAACCUUAACAAAUCCUCCAACUCCAACAACCCCAUUUAUAGAAUCCAUUAUGAGAUUUUAUAAAUACUUUCCUAUACAGAUGAAGCUUCAACAGAUAUCUGAUGGCCCGCCCACUUCUCUUGAUACACCACCACCUAAGGAACACAACCACAACUCAAGCAGGAUUUGCUGCAGUGGCCUUUCUCUUGUAUGCCUUUGCACUGUUCAUGUGCGCUUCUCAUUCGCGUAAAUGGCAUCGAUGGAAGGCUUACUAUGGCUACCACAACCACGAUCCUGUCAUACAACUCAACUCCGAAGGAAUGAUUCACGGAAUCCAAUUCAACAACGGUGAAGGGAGCGCUUAUAAUGGCGGUGAAGUCUCAGUUUGGCAGAAGAACAUACUGAUGGGCGGGAAGUGCCAGCUUCCGGAUUUUUCUGGUGUCAUUAUCUAUGACUCCACCGGUAAUGUCGCUGCCCCUGCCAAAACUUCUCGUGCUCUCCCAUGGAAAUGAUCACCAUCAGAGGGUUCUGAAAUCAAAAUUCUGUUGCUUUAUUAUGUCUGUAAGCUCUUGGUCCUUGUAAAUUUGGCUUGAAACCCUUUUCAGGAUAAUAAUCAUGUGACAUUCCUCUCAA